ACGAGUCAUUUGGUUGCUUCGUCUUAAUUUUUAAUAUCGACGGCCAGGCGGCAUUAAAAGAAUAAAAACUUGCAUUCAUCAUUGCACGCAAAACGUUAAAUUAAUACAUACAACAUGGAUAUAUUGAUGCCUGAAAGAGACGAGCUUGACUUGAAGCUGAAGGAUGCGCAUAGCUCCCUGGAUGAAUUGGACAUAGACGAUUUGUAUGUGCGCUAUAAGAAAUUGCAAAAAACAUUGGAGUUCAUUGAGGUGCAGGAGGAGUAUAUCAAGGAUGAGCAGCGCAAUCUAAAGAAGGAGUACUUGCACGCACAGGAGGAGGUGAAGCGUAUACAGUCGGUGCCGCUAGUGAUUGGCCAAUUUCUCGAAGCUGUUGAUCAGAAUACGGGCAUUGUUGGCUCCACGACGGGCUCCAAUUACUAUGUACGCAUCCUGUCCACCAUCGACCGUGAGCUGCUAAAGCCCUCGGCCUCGGUGGCGCUGCACAAGCAUAGCAAUGCCCUGGUCGAUGUGCUGCCACCAGAGGCCGAUAGCUCCAUAUCCAUGCUGCAGCCGGAUGAGAAGCCAGAUGUUAGCUAUGCCGACAUUGGCGGCAUGGAUAUGCAAAAGCAGGAAAUACGCGAAGCUGUCGAACUGCCGCUAACCCACUUUGAGCUGUACAAACAGAUUGGCAUCGAUCCGCCGCGCGGCGUACUCAUGUACGGUCCGCCCGGCUGCGGCAAAACGAUGCUGGCCAAGGCCGUGGCACAUCAUACGACCGCCUCGUUUAUACGUGUCGUUGGCUCCGAGUUUGUGCAGAAAUAUCUGGGCGAGGGUCCGCGCAUGGUGCGCGACGUCUUUCGUUUGGCCAAGGAGAAUGCGCCGGCCAUUAUAUUCAUUGAUGAAAUCGAUGCGAUUGCCACAAAACGUUUCGAUGCCCAAACUGGCGCCGAUCGUGAGGUGCAGCGCAUCUUGCUGGAGCUGCUCAAUCAAAUGGACGGCUUCGAUCAGACGACCAAUGUGAAGGUGAUCAUGGCAACUAAUCGUGCCGAUACGCUCGAUCCGGCAUUGUUGCGUCCCGGCCGUUUGGAUCGUAAAAUUGAGUUCCCAUUGCCCGAUCGUCGCCAGAAACGUUUGGUCUUCACAACCAUCACAUCCAAGAUGAAUCUCAGCGAGGAUGUGGAUCUGGAGGAGUUUGUUGCGAGGCCCGAUAAGAUAUCUGGUGCCGAUAUUAAUGCCAUUUGCCAGGAGGCUGGCAUGCAUGCUGUACGCGAGAAUCGUUACAUUGUCCUGGCCAAGGACUUCGAGAAGGGCUACAAGAACAACAUCAAGAAGGACGAACAGGAGCACGAGUUCUACAAAUAAACGCAGUAGCUUUAACAUUUUCAUUUCGCCCUUCGCUAAACCUACAACUUAAAUAUAUCUAUAUAUAUC